AAAUUAGGAGGUUGUAAACGUCCGCUGCACUCAAAAGGACAUACUGUUUCAAUCCAGUCAGUGGCAAUGUCAGCGAGGAUAUUGUAUUGAACCGUUUUCGUGUCUCGCGUUUUAAGUGCUUCGGAUGUGGAAAUAUUGGACGUUGGGCAUGUUGGUGGAACUGGUGUUUGUCCACUUAGAAUGUUGUACAUGUCAUACGCAUUGCAAGCAUUGCAUGCACAGGUUCAAUGCCACUUCUGACGAAACGAAAAAGGGUCUUCUCACCAGAUUUCUCAGAUUUGUUAACGAUGAACAACUAGAUUCGUGUUAUCGCGACUUGAAGGAUUACCACGCUUAAAUUCUGAUACAUCGAGAAUACGUUCAAAAUGUGUACCGCUGCUCACCAAAGACCCUUUCUUAGAAAGCUGAGAAGGGUCUACUCCUCUGAUUCCUUCGACUUUCACCGAAGGGACAGCUUGAGCUCUGUCUUCCCGACUGGGGAAAUCGAGGGGUUGUACCCGGGGGACCCUUUCGACGUGUGCAAUGUCUAUUCGACUGAACCUGUGGACUUUGCUGUUAUUGGAAGGACUGGUGAUGCACUCGGCGGACAAGAUGGAGAAUUUGAACGGAUCGACGAUACCAAAAUGCCCGCCGCAAACCUCAGCGCCCUCUACGGAAAGAAAGAAGAACUGCCUGAAAUACGGCUGGUCCACAAAUACUUCGAGGAAGCAGUGAAGUCGGAUGUCGAAAAAGCUAGGAAGAAUGGCGUCCACUUUAAGUACAACUUCACAUCUUAUUACGAGAUCAACGAAAAGGCCGAUAUUAUGGCUCGUAAUCUGUUACAAGUUGUUCCGAAAAUACCCGAAGUUGAAAAUCAAAGGUGCUGUGUUAUGGGCGUGGAUAUUGAGCCGUGUCCCGAACUUUUGAUUACGCUGUUGGCGAUCUUGAAAUGUGGCGCCACCUAUUUGCCACUUGAUCCGCUUCUGCCUCCUCAAAGGAUAAAGCACAUUGUGAGUGAUGCGAAGCCUGUUUUGAUCAUUGUUGAAAGCAAGGUCAUGCAUCUGUUGCACAAUAACUCUGAUGUCUGCCCAAAUACUGUUGUUGUUGAUGUCCACGACCUCAUGGAGGAAACUUCCAUGUCGUCACUCACAAACGAGAGUCCGAUGAGCACUCUCCUCUCAAAAAGUGAUAACGAGGCUCUCGCAGCUGUGAUAUACACCUCUGGCAGUACAGGGGUUCCAAAAGGGGUCCUAGUCCGUCACGUGGCUGUGAUAAACCGGUUGCUUUGGCAAUGGGAAACCUACCCAUGGCAAGAAGGAGAGGUUGGUUGCUUCAAGACCGCCAUAUUGUUUGUCGACUCAAUGGUUGAACUCUUCAGCACUACACUCAAGCUCGUUCCUAUGGUAGUAGCAGAAAGAGGCCUCGUCACACAUGUGCAGAACUUUCUUGACCUUCUCGAGGACUUCAAGGUCACGCGCCUCGUUUUCGUUCCCUCACUACUUCGUAACUUUAUCUCGUUCGCUUCAAUGAGCCAGGAGCCUAGGCUUCCAGACCUACGACUCGGGAUCUCCAACAGCGAAACACUACCCCCAAGACUCCUGAUAGACUUCUUCGACACUUUCCCUGGGAAACGUUUCGCGAACUUCUACGGAAGUACCGAAACAAUGGCGGACGUCACGUGGGAGACAUACGAUAAUCCACGGGACAUGGACGAGAAAUCAUGCGAUAAGAAACUGAGUAUUGGCGUCCCAGUGUUCAAUACGAAUUUGUAUAUUUUGGAUGAGGGCUUGGAUAUCUUGCCGCUCGGGGAAGUAGGGGAGAUUUGUAUCAGCGGGUUCAACCUGGCGCGUGGGUAUAUGGAUGCGUCAAAAAGUGCGGCAUUUGUAGCGAACCCGCACAGCAAGGAUCCUGAUCAUGCCGUACUCUACAAGACCGGGGACUACGGGAAAAUCGUGGAUGGCAGGAUCAUAUACUUCGGGAGGCAAGACAUGCAGGUCAAGAUCAGAGGCCACAGGAUCAACACGUCAGAAAUCGAACGAGUCGUUGGGGAUAUCCCUGGCGUGCAGGGCGUCGCCAUCUUGUGCCACACGCUCAGUGAGUCAACCGUUGUGGUCGUCGCGUACUAUACCGUGAGGCCCGGGAUAAAUGUCACGAAGGAGGCAGUCAUUGAUGCGUGUAAGAAAUCUCUUCCGUCGUAUAUGAUCCCAAAACCGCUCCGAAUUGACCAAAUCCCUCUCCAGCGACAUACUGGAAAAAUCGAACGGCAGGCCCUGAAGAGAAUCUUCGAUGAUACGAGGUUACAUGAGAGCAAACUCUCGCGCGAUAUUGAGAGUUUAGACGAGACCAGCGUGACUAUCCUGAAAGUGAUCUCGCGCACUUUGAACUUGCCUGAGACUUCUAUCAGUUUGAGCAGAAGCUUUGUGGACUUUGGUGGGAAUUCUGUCAAUGCCAUUGAGACGAUUGUCAGACUCCGGGAGCAGGGGUUCCAUAUUACCAUCGACGAGUUCGCCAACUCUCAGAGUAUACGCGAGAUGAUAGCGAAGUGUGAGCCCGUGGAGUGUGCCAGUCCACAGCUGAGCGUUGAAGAUAGGUAUGAAAUCUUGCCAAUGGCCGAGGCAGAAAACCACGAAGAGUUCAUUGGGAUGUUUACCGAGUGUUUCGUCCAGAAAGAACCACUCACAAACAUCUUACAGUUGACAAGAGAAGACUUCAAGCUCUUCGCGAAGUCGGCGCACGACCUCGGGCUACGCACGCCCUCUAUUGUAGUUCGCCGGAAACAGGACAAGAAGAUCAUCGCAGCGGAUAUCCUGUGCGAUUUUCUCGGGGAUGAUGAAAUGACGGUCCAACAUCACGAGAAGCUUGAGCCUAUUACUGGCAUUUUAGAUUCCAUUGAGAAGCCGGUACGACAGCAGUUAAUAGAAAAAGGUGCUGGGCCAAUUAUGCUAAACUUCCUACUCAGUGUAGACGUAAGCCUCCCGAGCAACGAGCAACUCAAGCUUGUUUACUUCAUGGAGGAGAGAGUGCUGGAUAUAGCCAAGAGGCUUGGUUUCAAGGGGGUGAUUGGGAAUAACACGAAUUCAGUGACACAGAAUAUAUGUGAACACUACUUCGGAUAUCAAGUAUUAGCUACGUCUUUUGCCAAAGACUUCGUGUGGAAUGGGGAAAUGCCUUUUACCAGCGCACCCGACGACUACUGUUUGAAACUGCUCAUAAAAUACGUCUGAAAAAUUACAGUGUGGCCCGAAAAAUUCCAACGCCUGUACUUCCCUACGUGCGUGGAUAUCGUCCUUGGUGUAUAGUAUAGUGAGCUGCUUGUUUUCUCAUGUGAAAUCUAUAUCUUUGGUGCAUGCAUAUACUUGCUGUAACAAAAGUGCUUUUUAAACUGAUUUGUAGUUCGGGCCAAACGCGUGACCGCGGUAGGCCUACUAACGCCUAUUUAUGAUAUACUUAGUAUAUCAGGCUAAUGCAUUUGUGAAUAACCUUCAAUCAGAUUGAAAUGAUAUUUCAUGUGAUAAACAAUCAAAUAAAUUUGUAGGUAAUUUACAUGUAUAUUGAGUUGGUGACAUCGACUAAUAUAGUGUCGACUGACGAUAUUUUUGUGAACGUAUUGCGCCGCCUGUAGCCGUACCUGUUAACUUACCAAUCCUGUAGUCGAACUGCACCACAUUCGUUAGUCCGGACUAAGCUAAGUUCGGACCUGAUGCGGAUGCGAUAGAAACGGAUCUAAACCCUGUAGUGGAACCAAGACUAUUGUGUCGACUGACGAUAUUUUUGUGUACGCAGGUAGGCAGGUGUUGGUCUGGUCCUUGGUUCGCGCGGAGGCGUGCGUAUAUGCAGGGUGCGGGAUGUACAAAUGAAAAAUCUGAACAUUUUGCGUCUAUAGUCUGAAUAAACACUGCCGAUGCUUUGCGAGAUUUUAGGCCAAUAUGCAAUCAUGUGUGUGCUUAUCUUUAAACCAAGAUGCUUAUGUUAUUUUGUUUAUGUGCAAUAAUAUCAGAUUUACAUUUAAUCAGCACGAUUUCUUUUCUUAAAUUCUGUAGACUUCAAAAUAAGUCUCCAUAAUCCAGACGUUUAUAAGUCAACGCGAAUACCCCCUAAGGUUUUUUCGGUAAAGUGAAAUCAAAGCGUUUCGUGUUUGAUGAAAAACCUCAAGCAGGGGUGCUUCAUUUCUCAAGAUCUGAAAGACUCUGAAACAGAAACCUAAAAGAACAUCAGCGUCAAUGGAGCCAGUGUAAAUGGUUGACCCUUCCUAGGCGAACAAAUCUAAUGCUGCCAUGAUUUCUGUAAAUUGAUUGCGGAAAAUUUGUCAUGCUACAGAUGAAAAAAUUUCUAAGUCCAAAUAUUUUUUUUAACUUGUUUUUUAGAAACAUCAUCAGUCCCAGACAUUUUUUAACUCUGAAAAUUUUUCAUAAUUUUGAAUUUAUAAAAAGAAUUCAACUCUGUCAGGGUGAAAAAAAUUCAGAAACCUGAUGAAAGGAAUAAGGAAGUGUGGAGAUGGAAUGGGGCCAAAUGAAUAUCACAUGAUGUACUGACGUCAAGGAAGGAGCCGUCGGAUCUGCCAAACCAGUUUUGGAUUUAAUCUGUUGAAGACACUUUUAGAAGGUUCCACGAGGGAAAAAUGGACAACAACGGACAAGAUGCACCGCCUGACUACACCCAGGCCAACCAACAACCGCUCCAGGGUCACCUUUGCCAGCCGCAGUACCCUCAACCAACAACAACUGUGGUUGUCGUUAAUCAGCCCAGACGGGGCCAAGGACCCCAGGACUACACCUUCAAGAACGGACGUUUACCAGGGGCCAUACUGAUCUCGGUUGCCGUAGCCGACCUCAUCACCUACCUUGUGAUGGGCUUUAUAUCUUCGUAUGGCUGGGCUUGGUCUGAUGCGUUGUCAGGCUUCAUUUUCUACCUAAUUCCUGGUAUACUUGGUGUGGUUGGCGCAAAGAAGCAACACUCGAGUGGUGUUGCUAUUGCCUGCAUUGUGAUGUCAUCAAUCGCAUUGUGCGUAGUAUUCGCGCAGCUUGGUAGCAAGGCCAUUUUAUUCACUUUCGAUGUGGAUGAAAAAGGAUUCGGGAUCGCUCACAUCUUGAUCUUCUGCCUCGCAUUGGCGGCGUUUGGCUGCCUCGUCUCACUGAUCGCCUACGCGAGCAAGGUCGUCUGCUGCAGGCCACCAUCCGGUGGCAUGAUAAACGGUCAGAACAGGGUCACCCAGUUCAUCGUCCCGCCACAGAGACAGCUACAGUAUCAGCGACUACACUAACCAGGACAGAAUGUUUACUAAGAAACAAUGGUGUCAAGAUACCGGCUUGGUUUGAAACCGUCCAGAAUGGUAAAUGCAACGACAAAACCAACGCAAAUGGGUUUCUCGUAGAGGAAAGACUAGCUUUGCAUUGCUUGCAAGUAGGACUAUGAUAAUUUUGCACUCGUGCGUGAUUGUUGAUACUUAUACUCAAGAUUCUCACCGAAGAGCCAAUUGACUUCCCAAAGCAAUUCGUAUUCUAUAAAGAACGGCAAUCCCAUUUGGUCCUUUGACGAAACCCGGGACCCUUCAGGGAGGGUUAGAAAGGGUAGAGGAGGUAACUUGUACCCCCAUGAGCACUACAGCUGGAUAUUAAAACUGUUUUAUUUCACAGUACAUGCUAGACCACCACUACAAUUACUCGAAAUUGAGAUUGUCGAGACAGAAAUUUAACCCCUUUUGGGCCAUGACUUCAAGGUCUUGAUGUUGUUCAGACUGGCAUAGGUUGUCACAGAGACGUUCUACGCGAGGAUGCCCUUUUUUUACCCUACCAGAUCGAUGGAUCCAAGGGUUCGUCUUGAGGGCCCAAAAUAUGCCAUGACGAUUAUAAAAUAAUCAAGAAUUCCACGUACAACUAAUUUCAGCAGAUAAUUUAUAAGUGUCGGGUCAGUGAAUUGCACAGGACUUGAUGACACGACAGGUCUUAGAACAGACUACUUCGUAUAGUUCGUAGGGGUUGAAAAACCUGCCUAUAUAACCUAACAUUUGCGAAACCAGAAGUUCCGAUGGUAACAAUGAACUUUGUACAUUUUGGUAAUUUAUUACCCAAUCAAAAGUGUCCAAUUCUGCAUCCCCGGUGUGUUUGUUAGUAAUGAUCGAGCCAAUCAGUAGGCCCUAUUUGAAAAAAAUAGUUUGGGUUAGUCGUGUGUCCCGAAGCGGGCGAAUGCUUGUAUUUUUAUCGUUUUUCGGGUCGAUUCCUCGAUCGUAAAAUACAUGUUAUGAGUUUGAAAGCAAAGUUAAACUGAUAAGUAAAGCUCUUUUUAUCAUAUAUAU